AGGGCCGGCGCUGUCUAUUGCCGUUUGGUUUCCAUCUGACGGGAACGCCUAUCAAGGCCUGCGCCGACAAACUGAGCCGCGAGAUGAAGGACUUCGGGUUUCCGCCGCAGUUUCCCGACGACAGCGAUGACAAGCCGUCGACCACUGCCGCGACACCGGACGAGCCGACCAUCAAAGACAAGUCGAAGUCCAAGAGGAGUAAACUCGAGGCGAAGACCAUUAAAGCCAAAUAUCAGUGGCAUAUCAUGCGAUCGCUGGGUCUGAGCGAUGAGGAGAUCAAGGAGUUCGCCGACGCGAACCAUUGGUGCGAAUACUUCCCGCAGAAGUGGAUCGAAGACCUGAACGCGUUUGGACUGCGCGCUGAUUGGCGCCGGGUCUUCAUGACCACCGACAGGAACCCCUACUUUGACGCGUUCGUGAAGUGGCAGUUCCAGAGGCUGAAGGAGAGGAAUAAGAUUAAGUUCGGUAAGAGGUAUACCAUCUUCUCGGUGAAGGACAACCAGCCCUGCAUGGAUCACGACCGGGCCAGUGGUGAAGGGGUCGGCCCUCAGGAGUAUACGCUCAUCAAAAUGAAAGUCUUGGACCCGAAACCCGAGAAACUCAAGAAACUCAAAGGCGACGUGUAUUUAGUGGCGGCGACCCUAAGGCCGGAGACAAUGUACGGACAGACCAACUGUUGGCUGCGGCCCGACAUGAAGUACAUCGCAUACCGCGUGGCCUCUGGAGAGGUGUUUGUGUCGACCAAUAGGUCGGCACUUAACCUCUCCUUUCAAGGCUUCACUAAAGAGAACGGAAUCGUCGACAAAGUGCUGGACCUGACCGGCGGUGACCUCAUUGGCGCCAAACUUAAGGCGCCGCUCACGUCAUACGAGUGUAUUUACGCCCUCCCGAUGCUCACCAUCAAAGAGGACAAGGGAACGGGUGUCGUGACGAGUGUGCCCUCUGACGCACCCGACGAUUACGCGGCGCUCAGGGAUCUCAAGAAUAAGCAGCCGUUGAGAGAGAAGUACGGCAUCAAAGACGAUAUGGUGCUCCCCUUUGAACCGGUUCCGAUUAUAGAUAUUCCAGAUUUCGGUAAUUUGUCGGCAGUUGUCGUGUGCGAGCAGUUGAAGAUCCAGAGCCAAAACGACACCCAGAAGUUGGCCGAAGCGAAGGAUAAGGUGUAUCUCAAAGGCUUCUACGAUGGGGUGAUGAUUGUAGGCCCGCAUAAGGGGAAAAAGGUGGCGGACAUCAAGAAAACCAUUCAAACGGAGCUCAUAGACCGCAAAGAAGCUGUGGUUUAUAUGGAGCCCGAGAAGCAAGUGGUCUCCCGGUCUGGCGAUGAAUGUGUGGUCGCUCUGUGCGAUCAAUGGUUCUUAGAGUACGGCGAGAAGAAGUGGAGGGAAGAGGCGGACAAGUCGUUGGCGCAGAUCAACACAUACCACGACGAGACCCGCAGGAAUUUCGUGGCCACUCUUGAUUGGCUCAAAGAUCACGCCUGUAGUCGACAGUACGGACUCGGGUCGCGCCUGCCGUGGGCUCAGGAAUGGCUCAUUGAAUCCCUGUCCGACUCGACCAUCUAUAUGGCCUACUAUACGAUAUCACACUUACUUCAGGGCGGAGUAAUGGAUGGCAGCGGGCCGUCACCGGUAGGCAUCAAACCCGAGAAGUUGACCCCAAAAGUGUGGGACUAUAUCUACUUCUCGGAAGUGUUGUAUCCGAAAGACUGUGGUAUUCCUAAAGACAAAUUGGAUAAAUUGCGCAAAGAGUUCAACUAUUGGUAUCCUCUGGAUCUAAGGACUUCGGGCAAAGACCUGGUGCCCAACCAUUUAACUUAUAUGAUAUACAAUCACUGCGCCAUU